AUGCUCUACUACAGCUAUGAUUCCUGCGGCAAUGCGCCAGAUUGCUAUCAUGAUUUCGGGCAAGAUCUGCGGUGUCCGUACGACCCAUACGGCAGCAAGAGUUACAAGGUUCACAAGGGAGAUGGCUGUGAGUGCUUGUUCCACGGAGUGGCUCUUCCGGCUGAGGUAUACAGCUCAUACCCCAGCAACCAGCCGGGGAAAUUUGCAAACCUCACUUACGUCAGCAUCUACGGUACAACCUGUGCAGCAUGGGACCAAAUGCCUGGAAGUCCUUGGGCCGAGCACUGUCCGCGUGAUGCGGAUUGGUGCCACAGCGAGCACAACUGGUGCCAGCUGCCGUGGUGUUUCGUUGGCGAAGGGUGUCGAAGCAGAGUGGUCAGCACAGUGUUCAGUGGUUCAGCAGCGGCCUACCACAGUUACGACACGUGCUUGUCCACUCCAGAUUGUUCGGACCUGCCAUGUGAUAAUGCCUGUCCUUUCGAUUGGACGUAUUCCAGCUGGAGCACUCCUUCACAGUGCGCCUACGACUGGUCUGAUGUUUGCGACUGCAUAUACCAGGGUGCCAAACUGCCUGCAGAUCUCAUCCGGCACUUCCCUUUGGAAUUUCCAGGUAAGUUCAAGGACUACCGCAACAUCGAGACUUUGCUGAGUCCCUUUGAUCCAGGGGCACCGUUUGUGAAAGCUGCCAACUUUAGUCAGUGGGAGGCUCUACUCCAAGCAUAUCGCUUCGUUUUUCUACCCAGGACGCAGCUCUUCCAUGGGUCAAACACGUCAUACUUCAGAUGCCCAGCUGCAGAAGAAAUAGCAAUGAGGCUCCCGAGCUACAUCUACGAGAACUUUCCGCUUCACCAGCGUGGACUCUAUGCUAACCUGACAGCCAUUGGAAUUUACGGUACAACCUGUGCAGCAUGGGAUCAAAUGCCGGAAACUCCCCUGGCAGAGCACUGUCCUCGCGAUGCCGACUGGUGUCACUCAGAUUUCAACUGGUGCCAGCUGCCUUGGUGCUAUGUAUCCUGGGAGUGCUCCAGCAAGCUACGAACACGUUUGUUCGACGGAUUUAUUGAUAUGUUUUACAGCUAUGACACCUGUCUAUCCACGCCAGAUUGCUACACUGACCCUUUUGAUGGUCGGUGUCCCUUCGACAGCAAAGACACAGCUUGGUCGACGGCCAGUGAUUGUGAGGACACGAACAACGACGUUCGCUUCGACGGGUGGACUGAUGUGUGUCGGUGUAAGUAUCAAGGAACCGUGCUUCCUGAGGAGCUCUACGCAAAUUAUCCGACUCAGGCACCGGGUCAAUUUAUGCAUCUCGCCAACAUCGGUGCCUAUGGCACAUCGUGCGCUGUGUGGGACUACAUGCCAGACAUGCCCAUGGCUAGCCAUUGUCAGCCCGGGUCCAACUCGUCGAGCCCUGACUACAACUGGUGUCACCUCCCAUGGUGUUAUGUCAGCAACGAGUGCGUCUACAAGAUUCCGAGCCGCGUCUUUAACGGAUCUACAGCACAUUUCAGCUAUGAGAUCUGUGGAGAUGCUCCGGAUUGCUACAGCAACUAUUUAGUUGAUGCCAGGUGUCCAUACGAUCCGCAUGGCACGAACUCCUACACUCUGCACAAGGGGCAUGGAUGCGAAUGCCUGUACUACGGUGGAGAGCUGCCACCCGACGUGUAUCAUAAUUAUCCACUGGAACAACCAGGAAGAUUUGCCAAUCUAACCUUCGUCAAGGUCUAUGGCACAGGUUGUGCAGCCUGGGAUCAAGUGCCCGAAACCCCCUUGUCCGAGUACUGCCCCAUGGGGAGCGAUUGGUGCAAUUCCGCGAACAACUGGUGUCAACUUCCCUGGUGCUACGUAGGUAGCAACUGUUCGAGCAGAGUUGCGAGUACAGUCUUUGCAGGUUCGGAAGCCGCAUUCCACAGCUACGACACGUGCCUGUCGACACCCGACUGCCACAGCUUUCCCUACGACUUGGCCUGCCCAUUUGACCGCAUGGACAACGAUUGGUCGACGCCAGCGGACUGUCCAGACAGAUGGUCUGAUGUGUGUGAGUGCGUAUUUCAGGGUGCCACCUUGCCAGCAGAUCUGUACACGAACUUUCCUGUCGAGGAGCCGGGCAUGUACGCAACUUUGCCAAGCAUUGCUAUUUAUGGAACGUCUUGUGCCGCAUGGGAUCAGAUUCCAGGCACCCCAUUGGCGAAGCAGUGCAUGGUUGGCUCCAACUGGACAGAUUCUGAGUUCAACUGGUGCCAGAUUCCCUGGUGCUAUGUCGACUCAAGUUGUGCAUCGAGGAGACAGAGCGUAGUCUUCAAUGGUUCCAGUACCAUCUUUUUCAGCUAUGAUUCCUGUGGCAAUGCACCGGAUUGUUACAAUCAGUUCGACACUGACCCCAGAUGUCCGUUUGAUCCCUACGGCAGUCAGCACUUCGUGUUGCACAAGGGGAGGGGCUGUGAGUGCCUUUACCACGGCAGGCAGUUACCACCCAGUUUGUUUCAGGACUUCCCCAUGCUGGACCCGGGAAAGUUCGCCAGCCUGCCGCAUGUGAGCGUCUAUGGGACUUCUUGUGCGGCCUGGGAUCAAAUCCCUGGAACUCCAUGGGCUCAGUAUUGCCCCGCAGAUGCUGACUGGUGCCAUUCGCAGAACAAUUGGUGCCAGCUGCCAUGGUGUUACGUGGCAGAGGGUUGCCCGACGCGCAUGGACGGUAAAGUUUUCGAAGGAGCUAUGACGUAUUUCAGCUACGAUACAUGUCUGUCAACGCCACAGUGCUAUCAAGAUCCAUUUGAUGAGGCUUGUCCUUUUGACAUGACAGAUUCUGGCUGGUCUACUCCGGCAUCAUGCUCCAUGGGAUGGUCCGACGUUUGUACCUGUGCCUAUCAAGGUUCAUCCUUGCCAGAAGGGCUCUACCUGAACUAUCCUCGGCAGGACCCAGGAAGGUAUGCCCACUUAGCCAAUGUUGCGAUUUACGGCACCAGUUGCGCAAGCUGGGACAUGAUGCCUGACACUCCAUUUGCAAGCUUUUGCCCCCCAGGAUCAGAUUGGUCCAGUGCUGCUCACCAUUGGUGUACCCUCCCUUGGUGUUAUGUCGACAGCCUAUGCCCAUCUCGUCACUUCUCUUCUGUGUUCAAUGGCUCUCGCACUACCUGGUACAGCUAUGAUACUUGUGGAAACACUCCGAACUGUUAUGAUUAUUAUGAUACAGACGAGCGCUGUCCAUACGACCCCUCGGGCACGAACUCCUACACUCUGCACAAGGGCCAUGGAUGCGAAUGCCUGUACUACGGUGAAAAGCUGCCACCCGAUGUGUAUCAUAACUAUCCAUUGGAACAACCAGGAAGAUUUGCCAAUCUAACCUUCGUCAAGGUCUAUGGCACAGGUUGUGCAGCGUGGGAUCAAGUGCCCGAAACUCCCUUGUCCGAGUACUGCCCCAUGGGGAGCGAUUGGUGCAAUUCCGCGAACAACUGGUGUCAACUUCCCUGGUGCUACGUAGGUAGCAACUGUUCGAGCAGAGUUGCGAGUACAGUCUUUGCAGGUUCGGAAGCCGCAUUCCACAGCUACGACACGUGCUUGUCGACACCCGACUGCCACAGCUUUCCCUACGACUUGGCCUGCCCAUUUGACUCCAGAGAUUCUGGUUGGUCAACGGCUUCUGAUUGCCGCGACGGGUGGUCGAACAUCUGCGAGUGCAAAUAUCAAGGCACCGUUCUGCCAGCUUCAAUUUACAUGAACUACCCGGCCCAAGACCCGGGGAGAUAUGCAGAUCUGCCCUAUAUGGACGUGUAUGGCACGUCUUGUGCGGCAUGGGACCAAGUUCCUGGAACGCCCUUGGCACCACUCUGUCCGCCGGGGUCUGACUGGUCAACUGUUGAGUACAAUUGGUGCCAGCUGCCCUGGUGCUAUGUGGAUCCGGAGUGUGUGACCAUGCGCCCGACCAGUGUUUUCAACGGUACGUCUAUGUAUUACAGUUACGAUGCAUGUGGCAAUGCUCCUGACUGCUACAACUACUUCGAUGUCGAAGAGCGCUGCCCUUGGGACCCUUAUAAUGCAAAGGCGUACCGCCUGCACAAAGCACAGGGCUGCGAGUGCAUCCAUGCUGGAGAAGAGCUUCCGCUCGAUCUGAUUCAGCAAUAUCCCUUGAGCGAGCCAGGCAAGUAUGCAAAUCUGACAUUCAUCCGAAUAUAUGGAACGGGUUGUGGUUCGUGGGAUACCUUAGCAGGUGGCCCAUGGCAUGAUUACUGCAUGCCAGGCUCCGAUUGGUGUUCUACUGGCAGCAAUUGGUGCCAGACUCCCUGGUGCUUUGUGGGCGGUUCGUGUGCCACCAGAAUACGGAGUUCAGUGUUUGACGGACCAGCCACUAGGUUUUACAGUUAUGACACUUGUCUUUCCUCCCCAGAUUGCCGCAGUAUCCCCUAUGAUGCAUCUUGUCCCUUUGACUCGAGCGACAAUGGCUGGUCAACGGCCGAACAAUGCCCAGACAGCUGGUCAGAUGUUUGCGAUUGCAUCUAUCAAGGCAGCACGCUCCCAUCUGCCGUCUACGACAACUUCCCAUCCUUCCAGCCUGGCAGGUGGUCAACAUUGGGAAACAUCGCUAUCUAUGGCACGACCUGUGCUGCCUGGGAUGUGGUGCCGCAAACACCGCUCUCCAUCUUCUGUCCGACCGGAGCCGACUGGUCCUCCGAAAGUUUCAACUGGUGCCAGCUGCCCUGGUGCUAUGUAAGCAGCAGCUGUGUUACAAAGGUUGCCACUCGCAACUUUGAAGGGGCGGACUUGUGGUACAGCUACCACACCUGUGGCAAAGCACCUGAUUGCUACAACCACUUCGGCACAAGCCUCAAAUGUCCGUAUGAUCCUUAUAGCACCCGAAGCUACCAGGUGCACAAGGGGGGCGACUGCGCCUGCAAGUAUCAUGGCUUCGAGCUUCCGUUCAAUGCAUACACCAGAUUCCCCGUCACAGAGCCCGGGAAGUAUCAGAACAUGCCACACAUUGCAGUGUAUGGCAGCACAUGUGCAGCAUGGGAUCUGGUGCCUGAAACUCCCAGCUACUGCCCUGGUGGUGUGGACUGGUGCACCAGCGACCAUAACUGGUGUCAGCUUCCCUGGUGUUUUGUUGGAGCCAACUGCAGCACUAGGAUUGCCAGCUCCAUUUUUCAGGGGUCGGAGGUGGCUUUCUACAGCUAUGAUACCUGCUUAUCCGCGCCAAAUUGUCGAGACGAAAUCUUUGAUACCAGAUGCCCAUAUGACUCGAGCGAUUCAGGCUGGUCAACUCCUCAGGUGUGCUCUGAUGGGUGGAAUGACGUAUGCCAGUGUCGCUAUCAGGGCGACGUUUUGCCGGAAGAGGUGUAUGUGAACUACCCGACUCAGCAGCCAGGAAGAUACGUGAACCUAUCGAGCAUUUCGCUCUACGGUACAAGUUGCGCUGCCUGGGAUUACGUGCCUGGAACUCCUUGGGCACACCUUUGCCCCAUUGGAUCGGACUGGUCUGACGAGGAAUUCAACUGGUGCCAAGUGCCUUGGUGUUAUGUCAGUGAUACCUGCAAGUCGCGCAUCCGCAGUUCCGUCUUUGAUGGCUCGGCCACUCUCUUCUACAGCUAUGAUGUUUGCGGUGAUUCGCCAGAUUGCUACAACAAUUUUGCAGACCCCCGAUGCCCCUUUGACCCCUCGCGGGGACUAUCAUAUGCCCUGCACAAGUCCCAAGGAUGCGAGUGUUUGUACCACGGGAUGGAGCUGCCGGCAGAGACUUACUUGAACUACCCUGCCGAGGAUCCUGGCAAAUAUGCAACGCUCCUCGCAAUCAAGAUCUAUGGGACGAGCUGUGCGGCGUGGGAUCAGAUGCCUGCAACGCCAUGGUCUAGCUAUUGUCCGGCUGGUGCAGACUGGUGUCAUUCAGAUAAUAACUGGUGCCAGCUUCCAUGGUGCUACGUGGGCAGCUCUUGCAGUUCAAAGCUGCCGACGAAUGUCUUCAACGGCUCGGCAACGAUGCAUUAUAGCUACGACACAUGCUUCUCCACUCCGAACUGCCGCCUUCCGCUUGAACCUGGAUGUCCGUAUGACUCGACACUGGCUCAUUGGGCGACUGGCUCUGAUUGCCCCUAUGGGUGGUCAGACGUGUGUGACUGCAUAUACCAGGGCUCGACCUUACCUGAGGACUUAUAUCGGCAGUUCCCUGUCUCAUGGCCAGGCAUGCACCAGAACCAGUCCACCAUCGCUUUGUAUGGGACAAGCUGCGCUUCCUGGGAUGUUGUCCCAGGAGCCCCACUGGCUAGCACAUGCUUGUCUUCAUCAGCGAACUACUCGGGUGACAUGAACUGGUGCCAUGUGCCAUGGUGUUACGUCAGCAGCUCUUGCCCCACGCAGUUACCCAGCCGCGUGUUUGACGGCUCCGGUGCUUUCUACAGCUAUGAUAGCUGCGGCAAUGCGCCGGACUGCUACAGCAACUUUCGUGCAAACAGAUGUCCUUUUGACCCAUAUGGGGCACGGAAGUACAGGUUGCACAAAGGUGAUGGAUGUGAAUGCAUCUUUCAUGGCAUGCACUUGCCGGUAGAGGUGUACACCAUGUACCCGAGCGAAGAUCCAGGGCGCUACAGCAAUUUAAGUCAUAUAUCAGUGUAUGGCACAGGCUGUGCAGCAUGGGAUCAGAUGCCAGGGACUCCUUGGGCUUCAUCUUGUCCCCCGGGUGUAGAUUGGUGUGCAUCGACCCACAAUUGGUGUCAGCUCGCCUGGUGCUUCGUGUCCAGCGGCUGCGGAACCAGGCUUUCCAGCACUCUCUUCAGCGGCUCUGCCGCGGCAUAUUACAGCUACGACACAUGCCUUUCUAUGCCAGACUGUCUCAGCUUUCCCUAUGACUCUCGCUGUCCAUUCGACAAGCAGGAUCUGUCUUUCUCCGCAGCUGCCGACUGCCCCUCUGGUUGGACUGACACCCCUGGUGUCCCAAUCACUUCUUUCGAUGCCGUCCUCCUUCUGGAUGACGUAUGGGACUUUCGGGCGUCAGCUUACCAGGAAAGUGUGGAAAGCAGCACAGGGCUGGGAAGCAGUCAGGUUCUCAUGGACUCUGUGCAGUUCCGUGUCGUGAUGCCAUACGCCUUGCUUUGGGCUUCUGUGCAAAUCGGGGAUGCGGAGAUGGUCGCCGCAGCAGCUUCGGCCACCAAGCUUGAUCCUUCCAAGAUCUCCGUGCGAUCCAACAGACGUUUGUCAGAGUCGGACAUGGAACCCGGAGGAGAACGAAGGCUUCAGAGCUUGUUCAAUAUGUAUGCCUUGACCGACAAUGCCGCCGAUUUGAGCAGUAUGCAGUCCAAACUUUCCAAUGUAAGCUUGCUUCAAGCAAGCCUGGAAGCAAGCGGGGUUCAGGCCCGGAUGGAGCCCGGGGGCCCCGCACACAAGGAGGUCCUGGUUUCGACCCGGCUUUUGGCAGCCGAUCCAAUGGAUGCCCCGGUGACAUCUCCUGAUCCUGCAGUCCUGUCCAGCCAGAUGUCGCAACGGUUGGGCAUCGUCAUCACCGCGCAGAUAGAGAACGAGGCCAUCAAGCUGCCACCAACUUCGACGACAGUCACUCUGACAUCUACAACCACCCUUUCAUCCACGUCAACAUCCAGUACCAGGACACACACUUCCUCGACAACUCUCUCCACAACCUCCAUCACUGUGACGACCACAACGCUAGUUAUCGAUGUUCGAAUCAUGAUCAAUGAGGCGGAAUACUCAAGCACAGAAAUAGAAGCCUGGGCUGUUGGAACGAAGUUUUGCCUCCCGGACACCAGCACAAUGACCUCCACCACGAUGACAACCACGGGGCAGUAUGUGGGAGCAGCUGAGAUCGGGGGUGCCGUCGUCUUCCAGCUUUGCCGGGACAUCUUCCAGCAGGACCCGCCCACAACCGUGGACUGCUACUGGCGUGAAGAUGAAAAUAUGGAGUGGGUCCUGUUUGGUGGUGCCGGCACAUGUGAGGCUGCCACCUGCCGCUGUGCAGCCUGGAGCGCCGGGAACCAUGAUUUUCAGCUUCGACUAAACUUGGGCGGCAUCGACCACUUCACAACUGAGCACCUCGCUACGGCCGCGGGGCCCAAGGAUUGUCCCACAGAAACUACCAGCACGACCACGACAACCACAACUACCACCACAGCUUUGGACAGCAUGGGAGUGCAAGAGAUGAAUGGAGCAGUGUUCUUCCAUGUCUGCAGCGACAUCGAGGGCCCUGUAAUCUGCAGCUGGCGGCGACGAGGAGAGUUUUAUUGGUUUCCGUUCGAAGGCUAUGGCUCUUGCUACGCUCGGAAGUGCACCUGCCCGGCCAUGACAACGGACAUGUUCUUUAGCAUGCGGGUUCCCAGCACAGUCGAGUCAACCACCACAGUGACAAGCAUUACCGGCACUUCAACAACUGCGACACUGACCACCAGCGUCACGCUGCUACCGAACACGACCAUUGCCAAGACGGCUCAUUGCAUCACAGCUCGUGCUGCACCUGGGCUCUUUGGGUUGCUGCUGCUCUGGGCAGUAUCCACGUAG